ACCAUGAUGGAUAAUGUCUCUGUAAUAACAGUGUUUGUUCUUUCAGGUUUAAAUGAAACAAAAAACCACAGAACUGUUCUUUUCUCUCUCACUUUACUGUGCUACUGUUUCAUUGUGCUGGUAAAUGUUUCUCUUAUUGUGACCAUCAUUUUGGAUAAAAACCUGCAUGAACCGAUGUAUAUUCUACUAUGUGCAUUUUGCUUGAAUGGACUUUAUGGGACUACAGGAUUCUACCCAAAGUUCCUCUGGGAUCUGCUGUCUCCUGUUCAUGUUAUCUCUUAUGCUGGAUGCCAUGUUCAAGCUCUAGUAAUGUAUUCAUUUGCCUGCAGUGAUCUGUCUAUUCUUGCAGUCAUGGCAUAUGACAGAUAUGUGGCUAUAUGCCGACCCCUGGAGUAUCACUCUAUUAUGUCAAAGCCAAGACUCCUAAAGUUAGUGUGUUUCUCCUGGUUAGGACCUUUUUGCAUCAUAGGCACAAAUAUUAUUCUAACAUCUAGAUUAAAGUUAUGCAGCCCAUUCAUCGCCAGACUGUUUUGUGUGAAUUGGAUUAUUGUUAAACUUGCUUGUUUUCCAGAACAAACUCUGGUAAAUACUAUUGUUGCAUUCAUUACAAUAAUCAUUUAUGUCCUCCAUGGUCUUUUCAUAGUUUGGUCCUAUAUGUAUCUCAUCAAAACAUGUGUGAAUUCCAAAGAAAACAGAGGGAAGUUCAUGCAAACAUGUGUGCCACAUAUCACCUCCUUACUAAUUUUUCUUGUGACUAUUCUUUUGGAUAUAAUGCAUAUACGAUAUGGUUCGAAGGAUUUGCCUCAAAACCUUCAAAACUUUAUUGCAAUAGAAUUUCUUAUCAUACCUCCCAUUAUGAAUCCUCUCAUUUAUGGUUUUAAGUUGACCAAAAUUCGGAACAGAUUUCUGCGUAUUAUUACUUUUAAAAUUAAAUAA